CCAACGGCGCUGCAGUCGUUCGCAACGUGAACUUGUGCAAUUUAGGAUCUAGGCUCCCUAGGCUCUGUGGUUUGAUGUUUUGCUCAGUGAUCCCCAGAAAAUUAGAAUAGUUUUGGUUUUAACACGAAACGUGAGAAACACAUAGAAAUACUGUAUAUCAUACUGUUAUAAUGUUCUGCGAUACCACUGGCGUCGUCUUGCGCAUUCAAGGUUGACUCAAGAAAUGCUCGUCGUCCUUCAAAGAACUUCUGUUUCUAGGCGCGUAAACAAAGACCACCUUCGUGGUGCAUGUGAGAGCCAUAAUGGACAUUGAAGAAGCUAAGCAAAAAGUUCUUGACAAGAUAAACGAUGCCGAAGAGAUAUUACGACGUUGCGACACUAUUGCAUCCUGUCAGGGAAGAAGCAAGCUUCGAAGGAAAAUCCAGGCCGAGAUUAAAUUUCUUCGAAGCCUGUACAAAUCUUCUGACCGCAUCAAAGAGGAACACCUUCGCUGCACGAAUUUAGCGUACCUCUCAGCUGUGGUCACAUGCUCACUGUCUUCUGCAGGGUUUGUGGACGUCCUAAAGCCGUUUGCUUUCCCUGAGGGAUAUGUGGACCAGUCUGGACGGUAUUCAGAGCGGGUUAUUGUGGAUGUAGUCGCUGGACACGGAAGCAUCUGGUACAAGGUGGUGGCUCGCAACCCGAGAGCUCUUCUAGUUUCUUCUAUGGGCGAUGGAGAGUAUGGCAGGAAGACUAUCUUAGACCAGUUGCAAGAAAUGACGGAGUGCUCCAAGCACCAUCCGCAUCUCUACCACGCACCACACAUUAAGUUGUGGUCCACCUUGCCUGUUUGUGACUCCCUGCGAUCCAUUGUGGAGGGCGUCGGAGCCGAAAUUAUCGACACUGAAAAUGCUUCCGGGACAGAAGCCAAUCCCGUUCCCCCUUCAGAUGCACAAGAGGAACAUGGCAGCAGCAGUGCACCAGACCAAGCAUUUUCGCUCCACAUCAACAACAUUCCUGAAAAUGCCACUCUCAACCUGGACGUAUCGACUAUGAUAGCCUAUGUGUCGGGCCUUACUAACGGCAGAUGUCACUUCAAAUUCCAAGAGAACAUCUUAACCGAGCAAGCAGAGAGUGAACGCCGGAGCCCCGUGAAGCCAAUCCUGGAUGCACUGUUCGGAGGAGCAGAACGCAAACUAGUCUGCUGCCAGACGGCAUACGACGAGUUCGUCAAGAUUACCGGCACGUUGGCUGGUCCGGGUGAAAUGGCGGCAACCAAGAAACUUUUGGAGCGUGUCCAAGUGGUGCCGGACGAACCUUCGGAGUGUGUUAUCACAUUGCCGCGGUGCGGGAAGGUGAAGGGAAGGUCGAGGGUCAUCUUUGGAACGGGGGUUACGCUGAGGGCAAUCACCGUUACUGCUAAUGGAGGAUUUCUAAGAGCUGCGCACGCUAAAGGAAUAGACUUUCCGGCGUUUGUACACGAGUCUCGAGCACUCACCGAAGCGAAAGAAAAGACUGCAAUGCGUUUGUAGAGUUGCUGGUUCUGUCAACGUGUGAUCGUCCUGAGUGGCUUUUGGCAGUGCGCACGGAAGUUGUGGAGAACCGCAUUCCUGGACGGGUGCAACGCCAAUAAAAGUGAACCCAUUAUGCGAAGCACAGAGAGAAUAUUUUUGCAAAUAAAAUGUCUUGAUCUUUA